GCCCUAUGUAAAUAUUUUGGACCCAUGCCGAUAGGUUUUCGGACAAUAGUUCUUUUGUUGUCGUCCAGCCAAAGCUGUAAGAAGCAAAAAGCUUGAGAAGAACAAACUCUUUUUAUUUCCCUAUAAAAAAUAUCGACUCUCAGGGGGAGCUUUAAUGAGUACCCUCAGCGAGAGUUCAACAAAUCAUUAAUCACUGUCAUAGUUUAACAGGUUGCCCCCAUGGUUAACUCUGUGAGACUUCCUUAAAGAGGCAGUGGUAAAUGCUUCUAAUGUUAUCCCAAUCUUCCCACAUCAGUUCAUGAAUGGUGAAACACUGUGAGCGAGAAGGUUAAAUAGAAAAGUGAAAAGGAAAAAGUGAAAUGGAAGCGGUACCACACAGAGCAGAAUAUAUGCCACGCCUGCUGUUCCUGGAGGGAGUUUAAAGAGUCUGCAUCAUCCUGUCAUUUCAUGGCUGGCUGCCUGCACAUACAAAUACAGAUCCCUGUGGAUACUCUCAUUCAUGGUGACUUCUUGUUCUGGGGAAGAAAACUGCCACUGGAACAGCUUGAGUCACUUUAGGGACAUAGACCAGGGUGAAGAAGUCAGUCGUGAGCGGCAAAGAUGAAGAAGCUGCUCUUGAUAGCCAUCGUCCUUUUGUCCCCCACUCAUAGCACAUACAGUAGAAGUAAUAUUUUUUAACUGUGGGGCCUACAUGACACACAACAUCGUGGAAAAGGGCAUUGUACUGCAGCCUCACAGGCUCCUAGGUGUGCAUCCAUCUGUUCUUGGUCACACUAGCAACCACAUUUAUGACCACUUACUCCCAACAAUAAAAACCUGAACACCGCACGCAACUGUUUGCUCUCGGCUGAAAGUCAAAAAUUGCCCUUUAAUAGGUGUCUCAAAUGAAAGAGAAAGUGCCAUAAUCAACCUUAAUGCAGGACAAUUUUAAGGCUGAAUACCUUGUUAACCAAACUAAAUGCAACUAAAAGACCAGUUUAGGGUCAAAUACAGAGUCAUGCGAACAAAAUCACACCCUCAGCGAUCAGGCUGUAAAAAACAGAAAUGAGAAAAAGGUGUACUUGGGCAGCUAAUUGCUGGAGUUAAGGGAAGUUCACACACUAAACAUAGCUAAAUAAAGUAAGUUUAAGCCAGUAUUAUGUAAUGAGAAACAGCACAGUCUCCCCUCCCCUUGCCUAGAUCAGCUCAGCCCCUGGUUACUGUGCAAACAGUAGUGGAGACCUGUUGGGAAGACUAUAGCCACUCAGAACAGAGUCUCUCUGACUAUCACAGGAGUAGAGUAGUGAUCCACCUGAGAAUAACUCAUGUUUUGUUACUGUUCAUCUUAAGAUCGUUCAUUACUUAUUUCUUCCUCCAACGAUUGAAGGUCAUGUGAUUCGUACAGUACUCUUCUGCUGGUGACGUCUCUGGGGAGCUCCUAAAUGGACAAGACGCCUCCUGCCGCGGUGACCACUUAGCAUCAAGUAGCAUUGACUGCUUUUAAAGUGGAAUGUCUGUUAGCAGCCGCUCGGAUGAAUUUGUCCACUGUUGCCUGGUUUCGAGAAAUCAAUACAGCCAUAGAGUAACUGCUGCACUGACAUCUCUCCGGUUUUCCUAUCCUCCUUUUCCUCGGAUUAUGGAGGACAUGCUGAUGGAGCCAAGGAAAAGCCAGUGUGCAAGGACUGCUCUUUAAGGUCAUGUCGAUCAUUUUUUUUCUGAGUCAAACUGGAUAACAGCACAACAUUUUAACCCAAGAGAAUAUCGUUUGAUUUUUUUUUUUCUUACCUAUCCAGUUAUUUUUAAGUAGUUAGAAUUUCUUCAAAUAGAUGGAAAAAACAGUGAAGGUGACACAGUGGGAGAGACAAAUUCAACCAGAGCAGGAAGACUUAACCACUUGAUUAUCUCUGGCCACACACAAACUAAAAAUAAACUGGAAUAUACUCUUUCUGCAAGUAGACAGAUUACAAAUGUCAGUGAAGAAGUCAGCAAUUAGUUUAGCAGCUAAGAACGCACUAUCAUUAUAAGAGUACUAGCGGUCUUAAUGGACUGUGGUCAUACCUGUAAUUAAUACAAUUUAAGACAUGAACUGGAGCCAACAGAUGCAUCACCCAGACACUGCGUGAACAUGCUGCUCUGAUGCUUAACAUUAACAGGCCAUUAGAUUAAGUACUCGAUUAGACUUUUAUUGUGACGGCAUGGAGACUUUGGGGCAGCAAGUAAACACUAGUCGCCUUGGCCAAAUGAACAAGGCAGAUGAGGCUUUGAUUAAGGCCCUUGUUCCCAUCCUGGAUGGACUCAUUCUGGUGACUGGCCUGGUGGGUCAAUCCCUGGUCAUCACCAUUCUCACUGGCAGGAGGAGGAAAGGAAGUCAACCCCCGCAUGGUACGGACACCCUGCUGCUGGCUCUGAGUGCUGCUGACCUGCUGCUGCUGUUCUGCCUGCCCUUCCACACCUCCGCCAUCACCCUGGGCUUCUGGCCUUUCGGCAGCUUCCUGUGCAAGGCCAUCAGCUUCCUGGGAGUGGCGUGCUCAGCUGCUUCAGUCUUCACCCUGGCAGCUUUGGCUGUGACACGUUAUCUUACAGUGGUACACCCCACCUGGGCGUACCGUUCGAGAAUGCACCGGCGCAUUAAGCUGACAGUAGCUCUGCUCUGGGUCCCUGCUUCUGCCUUGGCAGCGCCGCAGUUUGCCGUCCGCACAGUCACCGCCUCCAGCGCCAUGUACUGUUUUGCCUUCCUGUCCGACUUCAGCCAGCUGGUCUACAGCAUUGCCCUCUUUCUGGUCGGCUUCGCUCUACCGCUGGGCAUCAUUGUACUGAUGUAUGCCAAGAUCUACUGUUUUCUUCGUCAUGCACGGCUGCUGGGGAACGCUCCCCAGCUGGAGCGCUACCAGAGCCAGGUCACUCACACUUCAGCUCUCCUGGUCGUGGUCUUCACUUUCCUCUGGCUGCCCUCUUACGGCCUCAUGUUCUCCUUCAUUGGAGGAACCAUAAUAGGCUCACCUGGCUACAACGCCAUUGCCAUCCUGGCCAGACUGUUGGCAUCCUCGGCAGCAGUGGUAAACCCUGUACUAUAUGUGUUUAUGUCUCAGAAGUUUAGACGAGACUUACUAGAGCUGGGGAGAGAGCGCUGGGCUUGGUGCAAAAGCUGUCUGACUGGUUGCCCUAAUGUGAUGGGCAGGGACAUGGUGCAGCCCUUUGAGCUGGACACAACCUCAGAAAGAGGCCAAAACUGACCCUGUGGCCAGAAAGAAAACACUGCUACCUCAUCACUCAAUUCAUACUUUACUAUAUCUAUAUCUAUAUCUAUUCACAUAUCACUGUAUGGGAAUGUAAUGAAAGAUUGCAUAUGCAAUACUCAAAGUGAUGUUAAAUGCAAUGAACUUCAUUCCAUUGUUUUGUAUUAAAUCUGUUAAAAACUUAGAUUUUUUAAUUUGAGAACUAGAAAUGUGUUAAUUUGGACAGCAGAAUGUAGUAAAACAGUGACACAAUAUGAUCAUAUAUAGAGCUGCAACGAUUAAUCGAUUAGUUGUCAACUAUUAAAUGAA